AUGGCGGGGCGGUUGUCGGCGGCUUUGGCAGCGUCGACCGAGGUGGUCAUUGGUGGUGGUAGUGGUGGUGCUUUGCUAGAGAUGUUGCCGAUUGAAUUGUGGACUCUGAUUCUGGAUCGCUUGCCGUUUGAUGCCGUUGCACGGCUGAGCUGCGUGAGUCGUGCUCUGAGGGUUCGGGUGAUAGCAGCGAGCCAACAAUGCCAUCGCAUCAAUCUGGUGGGGCGCCUGAUUCACCGCUUUCCAACAACUCGGCUCCAGUUCUUGCUGCGCUUUUCUCUUGUCCGCCUUGAGGUUGCUGAAAGCAUAUUGCCCGACGUCUUGCAGUUCAUCGCCGCUCAUCCCGAUCACUUUCACACGGUGCAAUGGCUGCGCAUCGUGGCUCAAGAUAUGGAUAACCUCAUGCCAUGGCCAACGCGCUCGCGACCACUCGAGGCGUUGGCUCCAGCUCUUGCCGCCUUGCCAGCUCUGGAGGUAUUGCAGGCGUGGACGCGCUCCACAAGAAUCCCCUUGAGUCUCGUGCCGGCGAGCGUGCACCACCUGCAUGCCCUCGCUGUGAGUGCCGAGUCGAAGGAGCUUAUCGGCAAACAUCUCCAGCACGUCAUCACCUGGCUCGUUCCCAACUGUGCGACGGAUGAUCAUUUGCAAAAACAACAGGAUGGGCCCUUGGAGCUAUUUCGUUGUCUCGACAAGGCCAGCCUUCCUGCCACCAGGCCAGACGCGCCGUUGAUCAUCGUAGCCCAGCGAUAUGCCCAGUGGCAGGCUACGCUGCAAAAGUCGAUGCACCCACAGGCUCUACGCGCCCUAACGUUGACGCAAACCUUUGUUCGCGAGGCCAAUGAACAGUAUAAACGCGUGUUACGGCAACGUGAUCUCGAACUGAGCCAUCUGUGCGGUGUGCGCUACCUGCAGCUGGAUCAAGUUCACGCACGCACGCUCUAUCUGCCCCUGGGCAUUGAGUGGCUCGAUGUUCGUGGGGGUGAUUUGAGUGCCAUUGAGGGAGAGCCAAAGCUUCCUCGUAUUUCACGCUUGGCCAUCCAAGCGGACCGUCUCAGCCUCGUUCUCCUCUUUUUGCGCAAGCUCGGGGGACACGUGAUGCAUCUGCAUGUCAAUUUGACGGGCCGUUCGGGCGAGCCAAGCAUAUUUGAUCAACUCUUGGAUGCUAUCCAUCAGCACUGCCCGCGGGCGGAGACUCUUUUGCUCCGCCAACGGGGCCAGCAUCUUUCAGGGGCUCAAAUUGAGCGUCUCUGCCGCUUUCGACCCUGGGCCAGCCUCUGCUUGCCUCUGGCACCAAAGUCAAGCGUGGCGGAGCGUCGACAGUGCAUGCAGGCCUUUCAAAGACUCAGUAGUUCUCUUGUACACUUGACACUGGUGCACCUGGCCGGCAAUUCCAUUGAUCUUUUGAGCGAUUUAGCGCGCGCUCGGCAUCGUAUGCCUGGCCUCCACCGUGUCAUGGCCCUGCGCGAUUCCAACGAGGUGCCGACCAACCUGCGCUGGCAGUUUUACUUUCAACGCUGGCCAAGCCUGGUGCGGCUCUUGCGUACUCAUCCUGGGCAGGCCAUUGAAGCAUACGUCACGCUCGAUGUGACGCAUGGCGGCGUUUGA